AUGGGCGGUCUGGAUGCACAUCCUGCUGGUGAUCCUCCUGCAAGUAUAUUUUUCUUUGCUGCCCAAUUGUCACAAAUCUCUCAGGUAUUCAUGGUCCAGGCCCAGUCUGAGGCUGUCAGCGUGAGGAUUAUCCUACCCCUUCUGCGCGAUAUUCCUGUUCUCGCCCAAGUGGAAAUACAUCUUGCAACAGCUCGCACUAUGGAAGGCGGUCAUCGGAUGAUCCCUCAGAUUGCUAACCACCUUCUUGCUGUCAUUCCUCAUAGUUUGAUUGCCCACGUUCUGUACGAUGACCCCACUGUCUGCGAGGACUUUGGUUUGGGUCACCCACCAGGUGGUCUCCCUGACAUUGUUUUUAUCGCCAUCAGGAACCUUGCACCUUCGGGUUGA